CACUCACACAUGCUUCCUCCCUCUUCUUUCGACCUUUUCCCUCUGAUCCCAAAAUCUUAUUCAUCUCUUUCUCUCUACCACCAUUAACUAAUUAACCACUCAGUCCCCACAAAUCACCCACCAUUGCCAUUACUCUCUCACUGCAACGCCUCUUUCUUCCUUUCUUCUCUCUCUCUCUUUCUGCAUACUCUUCUUCUUGUUCUUCAGCACAAUGCUCAACUCUUUCUGCUUCUUCUUCUUGAUCUCAAUCUUGAUUCCUAUUUCCUGCUCCUCCAUUUCCAACCGUAGGAUUCUCCAUCAACCAUUCUUCCCUCUUGAUUCACUCCCUCCUUCUGAACCUCCUUCUUCAUCUCCUCCUCCUCCCCAUUCACCUUCUCCUCCUACUCCCAAGUUCCCUUUUUCUACUUCCACUUCAACCCCCGAUUCCCCUUUCUUCCCUUCUUACCCCUCCUCUCCUCCUCCUCCUGCUCCCGCCUCUUUUGCUUCUUUCCCUGCUAACAUUUCUUCACUUAUCCUCCCUCAUUCCCCUAACCAAUCCAAACCCGCUUCCCAAAAACUCCUUAUUCUCGCCGUCGUUUCCGUCCUCUGCGCUUGUCUUGUCGCCGGCAUUUUACUCUUCUUGUACUUCCGUCGCCGUCGUCUGAAGAAUAACCGCCCAGAAAACGAAGUCAAAAGCAGUGGACACAGUAACAGUAACAGCAACAGUAACCGUUCCUUACCGCCAAAUGUCGAACCCAACAACACCGCACGGAAGCACAGAACUACGCGGACUUCUAGUUCCGAGUUCCUUUAUCUGGGCACUUUGGUAAAUUCACGCGGCGGCAUCGACGAUACUGCAAGUGCUACUGGUUCACGCGUUAAUAGUUGUCUUUCCCCUGAGCUUCGCCCGCUACCGCCGCUCCCUCAGCAGGCUAGUUUCAGAGAGAAUCACAAUGAAAAUGCAGACGUUGCGUCGAGUAUGGCAGAGGAAGAGGAGUUUUACUCGCCAAGGAUUUCGUUGAGCAACCCCGGUACGGGAUCCGGUUCGAGACGAGAUUUUGCGACCAUAGCUAGUGGAGAGAGUAUCGGAGGAAGAAACAGUGAGUCCAGCAGCUGUUCGUGUUCGUCCUCUAGUUCUCGAUCUUUGUCGGCGAGUAUUUCUCCGCCGAUAAGUUUAAGUCCGAAAAGAUCCGAGUCGGAGCCCAAAUCUGCCGAGAUAACCCUUCCGAUGCAAUCUGUUUUUGCUAUGGCAUCUCCUUUGCAAUCAUCCCCGGAUCGAAAUGUACAGUCUCCUUUACUUUCUAUUGCUUCUACUUCACCGGACACGAGAUUAUCACCAUCAAGAUACAAUCUUUUGGAUCGAAAUGUAAUGUCUUCUGCUUCUACUUCACCCGAUAGAGAAUAUUUAUCAUCCGAUAUAUCGUUGCAGAAGAACCAAGAAUUAUCUCUAAGGUUGAACAAUGCUAGUCGACUCUCUGCAGCUUCUACUUCUCCACAUAGAGUGUCAGAGAAGAACCCAGAUGGAAGUGUGCGGUCUUCGUUUUCUUUCUCACCAGAAAAAAUUUCUAAGAAAACCGGAAAUAAUUCACCGAGAAUAUCCGAUAUUUCGGGUCAAAGUAAUCAGUCUUCUUUAUCUUCUUCCCCCGAAAGAGUCUCAGAUCAGUCACCGCACAGAAGUUCAAAGAAAACUGGUUCUCCUAGAAAUUCCGAUAUUUCGGGUCAAAGUAGCCCAGGUGAGUCAUCGAGAAGUUCAAGUGUCUCGGAUCAGAUUUCGUCCCCGGUAAAAAUAAACAUUAUUGUUCCAAUGCCCCCGCCACCUCCACCUCCGCCACCUCCACCACCGCCUUUGCAAAGACAAUGGGGAAGUAAAGUGGCUUCAAGUUCAACGCCAAUUCGUCUAGGUCAAUCAAUGUCUAAGCCACCUGUUUUGAUACCGCCCUCAAGGCCUUUUGUGAUCCAAAAUCCAACAAAAGUUUCUCCGGCUGAGUUGCUGUCAAGUUCUAAUUCGUUGGAGAAUAAUGUUGAUGAGAGUUUGAAACCGAAGUUGAAACCUUUACAUUGGGAUAAAGUGAGAGCUAGCUCUGAUCGUGAAAUGGUUUGGGAUCACCUUAGAUCAAGUUCUUUUAAAUUGAAUGAGGAGAUGAUUGAAACAUUGUUUGUAGUAAACACACCAAGUGCAAAACCAAAUCAAACAACACCGCGUUCGGUUCUUCCUUCACCAAACCAAGAGAAUAGAGUGCUUGAUCCCAAAAAGUCACAAAACAUUGCAAUUCUUCUGAGGGCUUUGAAUGUCACCGUUGAUGAAGUUUGUGAAGCCCUAUUAGAAGGUAAUGCAGAGACACUUGGAACUGAACUUCUUGAAAGCUUAUUGAGGAUGGCUCCAACCAAAGAAGAAGAACGAAAGUUGAAAGAGUACAAAGAUGAUUCACCCAGCAAGUUUGGUUCUGCGGAGAAGUUUUUGAAGGCAGUGCUUGACAUACCUUUGGCAUUUAAAAGGGUUGAUGCAAUGCUUUAUAUAACCAACUUUGAGUCUGAGGUUGAAUACCUCAAAAUGUCAUUUGAAACUCUGGAGGCUGCCUGUGACGAAUUAAGAAAUAGUAGAAUGUUUCUGAAGCUUCUAGAAGCUGUGCUUAAGACUGGGAACCGCAUGAACGUUGGGACAAACCGUGGUGAUGCCCACGCCUUUAAACUCGAUACACUUCUCAAGCUUGUAGAUGUCAAGGGUGCAGAUGGAAAAACUACACUGCUGCAUUUUGUUGUGCAAGAAAUUAUAAGAACAGAAGGUGCUCGUCUUUCAGGUUCUAGCCAAAAUCCUGAUGAUGCUAAGUGCAGGAAGCUAGGCUUGCAAGUUGUUUCUGGUCUAAGUUCAGAGCUUAUCAGUGUGAAGAAAUCUGCGGCCAUGGAUUCUGAUGUGCUCAGCAGUGAUGUGUCUAAGCUUUCUAGAGGCCUUGCGAACAUCAGUGAGGUUGUGCAAUUAAUUGAAACACAGGGGUUGGAUGAAAGCACCAAGAAAUUUUCAGAGUCAAUGAACAGGUUUGUUAGAAUGGCCGAGGAGGAGAUUAUCAGGAUUCAAGCCCAAGAGAGUGUUGCUAUGUCUUUGGUGAAGGAGAUUACAGAAUACUUUCAUGGAAACUCAGCAAAGGAAGAAGCUCAUCCCUUCAGAAUCUUCAUGGUGGUGAGAGACUUUUUUACGAUUCUUGAUCGGGUUUGCAAAGAAGUUGGUAUGAUAAAUGAGCGAACGAUGGUUAGUUCUGCCCAUAAAUUUCCAGUUCCAAUAAAUCCAAUGCUACCAGUUCCAGUAAAUCCAAUGGUAGCACGAAGUUUUACUGGAUUUCCAGGGAGACAGCAGUAUAGUUCCUCUGAUGAUGAGAGUACUUCUUAGUAUUUUUGGCUUGUGUUAGGAUAUAACCUCUCUUCACUUCUCCAGAAACCCGCCAAGAAUUAGGUGGUUGUACCAGUUGGUUGGAGCUUGUCCAGGCUUGCCACGUUUAUGUAAUUUAUUUUCUAUACCUUCUUUUUUUUUUUUUGUAUUGUAUAAAUCCAUGUAGAAGAUUUUGGGAAAAUUGUGUCCUAUAGAUAUAUAUACAGAUUUCUUUGGGAAGAA